AUGCAACAUCGGAAACCUCCCCGCCGCUACCUUAGUCCCCUCGAACAACAGCGACACGUAACCUUCCUCGUACUCGAACCCCAGCUUCUCGUUUGGGUUCUUCGCUCUCAACGAAACCUUGUACAGCGUCCGCGAGGUUUUGUUGCCGCCGCCGCCGCUCUUCACAACCAAAUUGGAGAUGUUAAAUGUGGGUCCCGUGGGGUUGAAGAUCAAGUACAGAGUGGCCAGCGUCAUGCCAACGACGGCGAUGACAGCAACGACGAUGAGAGCGACCGUGAGAAGGAGGCGACGUUCACAGCAGCAGCAGCAGCAGCAGCCUCCGCGCGUUUUCUUCGCGGUGGCUGGGUUCCGGAAUUGUUCCAUGAACAACGCGUUCUCACGCGGCGGCACGCGGUACACUUGGUUCUUCGGGAACUGCACGAUAUACGUUUGGUACAUUUGGCGCCCCGGAGGCCGCUGCAGCGCUGCGACGACGGUGGGUUUUGGGUCGUUGACCUGCCCCUCCAUAGCCAUGAAAGCAGCAGCGCACGCAAGGAUCCUCCGUGCGCGCGCAGUGUGCGUUACGCGACUUGGAGGAGCUGA